CGUGCAAGACAAGAGCAAAAAAGAAGCAUGACUUAAAAUGUUCAAAAAAAUCAGAUCAAUUCGAGGACUCUGAUCCUGGCAACAACCUACUGCGUCAUAUGUGUGAGCAAUGCGGAUAUAGAACUCGCAUAUCUGGAAAUUUAAAGGUGCACAAGCGCCGCCAUACUGGAGAGAAACCCUUCUGUUGUGACAUAUGCAAUGCAUCAUUCGUGGCACGAUACCAAUUAACCACACACAAUGAGCGCCAUAUGGACACAGGUCAACGACGCAGUCGCUACAUGUGCAGGGAGUGCAAUGUAGGAUUCCUUAGUGCACGCGCGCUCUAUCACCAUAGGCCGCUUCAUGCUCAGGUGAAGCAGUAUAAAUGUGACAUAUGUGAGAAGUCGUAUGCGCAGGCAGCAGGAUACGCACAGCACAAGCGCUGGCAUCGCCAACGCAACGAACGAGCAACGGCCUUAAGUAACUUAAAAGUUCCUGACACAAUCGAAACUAUUUUAAAUUAGCCCGCGUAGACAUUU